AUACGGAACAGCUCCCCUUCAAAACCGAUCACCUUACCACCUGAUAGUAUCAGGCUGAUACAGCACCCACCGUCACUAACGGAACGUCACCAUGGACGACUCUGCAACUGCGGGCGAUCGUCGCGGCAUGUGGGCCAUGGUCAAGGAGGGAUACGAAGGGCUUGUGAGCACCGUGAUUCGCCCUCUUAGGGCGCAGUACACCCCCUCCGAUCUCGGUCCGAAGCGCGCACAGAUCGGAGACGUGUCGGUGCAGCGCGUGGACAUCAAGCUCAAGAACCCAGCGGGUUAUACACUCGAAUGCAGCUGGUGGAAGCCGCGCAAGCCCAAAAACGGAGAGCUACAGGAGCAGGACAAGCGUCCGUGCAUCGUAGUGCUUCACGGCAACAGUUCCUGCCGUCUUGGAGCAUUGGAGAUCGUCAUGUACGCAUUACCCGCAGGAUUUACAGUGUUUGCACUGGAUUUUUCCGGCUCCGGACUGUCCGAUGGCAAGUAUGUGUCACUGGGCUACCAUGAGCGUACGGACAUUGCGACGGCGGUGAAAUACGUACGGAAAACAGGAGAAGCCUCGAGUUUGUGCCUUUGGGGACGCAGUAUGGGCGCAGUGGCGGCGCUCAUGUACGCAGAGUCAGACUCAGCCAUAAACGCCAUGGUACUGGACUCUCCGUUCUCGAGUCUGCCAAGACUCGCCACGGAGCUGGUAGAGGACGGGAAACUGGGCGUACCGAAGAUCGCAGUGAAGUUGGUGAUGCGUCUUAUUCGACGGGAUAUCAAGAAGCGAGCCAAGUUUGACAUGUUCAAGUUGAAGCCUAUUGCCAAAGUCCACAAGUGCUCCGUACCAGCGUUUUUCGUGGUGGGGUUACAGGAUGAAUUGGUGGGGCCACACCAUGUGGAGGCGCUCUAUAAACUUCACAAUGGUCCGAACCAAUUGUUCAAGUUCCCAGGUGGACACAAUAGUCCAAGACCCUUUAACUUUUUCAUCCAGGCGCUCCAGUUUUUGCGAGUUAUGGUGGGUUUGAUGCCGCUUCCGGACGAUCUGUCGACGUUUGAUCUGUCACCAGCUCAGCGACAGCAAAUGCAGUCUGGGAAAUCCGAUAAAAAGGUGUCUCCUAAGCGCAAGAAGCCAUCGCGCGUGUACAAGAAUCCGCUGGAGCCGGGUGUUUCGAUUGAGGCGGUCCACAAAAUGUCUAUUAAGGAGCUGAAGCAAUGUAUCGACCGCGCCGGAUACAGUGAUAUAACGUGUAUAGAGAAGAAGGAAAUGGUGGAUCUCGUGCUGAAGCUUUACGCUCGAUAUAGGAGAUCCAGCAAGCAGGCAGCCGAGGACAGGCAACCGGCUGUGACAGUGUCAACGUCAGAAGAGGAAGAGCCGGACGCUACGCCAGCCUGUAAAGCGAGUCCAGAGAGCAAACCAGCGCCUUUGGAGACUUCGGACUCGGGAAAGCAACGGCGUCAUAGUGAGGGCGACGCGUUUCUUGCUGCAGCAACAGCAGAAUCGCCGAGUCUUGCUUCGAUAAAGAGCACUGCCUCCAGCAUUCUUUCCGACGCCGAGUUGGCUCGACGAUUGAGUAUUGAUAAUCCUAGUGAUAAGGAGGACGAUUCAGAGGACAAGGAUGCAAAAUAACUGGAAACGCGGAGAUUAUUUUGUUGUGAACGCGAAAUAUCAGAAAAAACACCUUGCGCCACAAUUUCAGUCUCAUUGACGUAACGCGCUCAACGGAGACUGAACGAUGAAAUGAGACUAAAGAGUCGAGUCGUUGCACUGAACGCGACCCAUUUCAUAACUUCUUUCAAGCUGAGCAGACAGGUGCUUGUGUUCGUACAUGUAGAGUUUUGUAGAGUGCAGAAGCAGAAACUGAAACCUGUAACGGGAGCUGUGCCACUCGAAGCAUUUCGCACUUUUGGAGAUUCGAUUAACAUCAAAUACUUCAGAUGAUCACACAACUGCGAUACAGAGUAGUCUCAUUCCUGCAACAUACAUUUUUUAUGAUAGUGUCCCCUAUCAUAAAAAAUGUAUCCCCUUACACUAUUUAUUUGUAAAAUAGAUAUCCGGCU